AUGGGAGGAAAGGGAGCAAGGGUGGAGGAAGUGGAGAAGAAAAUGUGGAAGGAGGUGAAGAAAUGAUGAGAAACUUGACUGAAAAACAGUCAAAUAAAAAGCGUUGCUGUGUUCAAAUCUUCGUUUUAUGAACUUUAACAGAGUCCAAUGGUCGGUAUGAACGGAUCAAUAUGAUCCGAUAAUAAAACUGACCGAUCGAUCGGGAGUCUGACAGUAAAGCUCUGCAGCUUUAGAGUGUGAGUGUGUGUUUUUCUGACCUCUGUAGUCUCAAGUCUGGAGUCAUGUGGACCUGCUGCUCUGUUUUGGCCCCUCUGUGGACCCCGGAGCUCCGCCGCGUUUGUGUGCGAGCAGCGCCGCCUGCUGGCCGGAGGAGGAGGAGCUACAGCCGGGGAGAAGCAGCAGCGGAGUGCCGCAGUGCUCCUCUCCGCUCCACACCGAUCUCCACCACCGAGAAGAAGAAGAAGAAGAGGAGAGACGAGGUGAGGAAAACAGACAGAAAACAAAGUGUUAUGAAUUCUGAUUUAAGUUUGAUUAAAAUCUUUUAAUUUUUGUAAUUUCUACAAGUUUGUCUUCACGAGUUUGGAGGGACGUCUGUGGAUCCGUGCAGCAGACAUGAAUGUAACUUUAAUCUCUGCGAAUUUGGGAUUAACGGUCUGAACAAACCGAUUAAAAUGAUCAUGCACAAUUCUUGUAAUUAAGUUUUAACUGUUUUAAUCCGGGGGUAAAACACGAGAAGAGACAGAUUUGGUCCUCGGUCCGGUCCGGUCAAGUCCGGUCCUGGCUUGAUCUGAUAUUGAACUUCAAUGUGCUCAACGCGAGUCGAUCCCUUUAAUGUGAUACUAAAAGACUGAUUUUUAAUUUUUGAAUUGAGCCUUAAAGUCAUUGAUUUAAAUGAUAAAUUGAAGACAUGUUUCUUAAUAUAGAAUUAGAGUUUUAAGAGUUUUAGAUUUCUUUGUUAAUCCUUCUGAAGCUCUGCACUUUGAUAAAAAAUAAAGUUUCAUUAUUUAUUAUAAAUCUGUGAGUGAAAUAAGAGGGUUAAAGAGAAAGACAAAGUGGAAAUCAGGUGAAGAGAGAGAGCAGAAGACCAAACAGGUGCAGGACGAAAUGUUGCAUCAUCUUAAAUCUGUGUGUUUCAGGAUUCAACAUGCAGACGACGACUCUUUUUUAAUCCGUCUCACCUUUUUCUUUCCAGCUGUAUCUCUCCACAUCUUCAUUUUCAGUCUUCAAGUCUUUUUUAAAAAGUGUAAAAUAUUGAAUCGCAGGUGCGGAUCAUGCAGCUGCUGCAGCCCAACAGGUGGAGAUGACGAAUCACCGCAGAAAUACCUGCAAACAUGCAAAAGCUGUCAUCUCCAAUUUAGGAUGCACAUUUCCUGCAUGGUAAAUCAUCAGUUUUCUAGAAUGUGCAUAUGAAUUAUCUGACACAGAUUGUGUGUUUUCUCCAGGGUCAGAGGUCAAGUUAGUAGAAAACAUCACCGAGAAAAAAGCUGCAAAACAUUCAGAUUUUAUCUGUUAAAUCUUCUCGAUGCGUCCGGUGUGAAGAGAGUUAAACCUGCUGCAGGACGCCCUAAUAAGUCUGUGUAUGAAUAAAUAACACACACACACACACACACACACACACACACACACAAACACACACACACAUGCAGAGCGAUCGGCCGGGCAGCAGCAGCAGCGUCGUGGGUGUCUUGAUUCCUAGACAGACACACUCAUGCACUUUUAAUGGGAUCCCUCUCUAAAACGACGGGAUUCCUCCACCGAGCACGACCCUUUCUCACCGAGUGUGUGUGUGAGAAGAGAGAGUGCUUAACAGUGACAGAGAGAGAGAGAGAGUGUGUGUGUGUGUGUGUGUGUGUGUGUGUGUGCAGGAGGUGUGAGUAAGGAUCACCCACUGGCCCUGGGGUGCGAUUUCAGCUUGCCGGAGGGAGGCUCAGAGUGGUCCCAAGACCCUGAAAACCCCAAGGCUUGA